AUGGCGGACGAGGAGAAGCUGCCCCUCGGCUGGGAGAAGCGCAUGAGCCGCAGCUCAGGCCGGGUGUACUACUUCAAUCACAUCACCAACGCCAGCCAGUGGGAGCGGCCAAGUGGCAACAGCAGUGGCAGCGGCAAAAAUGGACAGGGGGAACCUACCAGGGUGCGCUGCUCACACCUGCUGGUCAAGCACAGCCAGUCACGGCGGCCUUCGUCUUGGAGGCAAGAGAAGAUAACCCGGACCAAGGAGGAGGCCCUGGAGCUGAUCAACAGCUACAUCCAGAAGAUCAAGUCCGGAGAGGAAGACUUUGAAUCUCUGGCUUCACAGUACAGUGACUGCAGCUCGGCCAAGGCCAGGGGAGACCUGGGUGCCUUCAGCAGAGGUCAGAUGCAGAAGCCAUUUGAAGACGCCUCCUUUGCGCUCCGGACAGGGGAGAUGAGCGGGCCCGUGUUCACGGAUUCCGGCAUCCACAUCAUCCUGCGCACGGAGUGA